AUGGCUUCCAAGAUCAUCAAACGCAGUGUGAGUUCGUUUUCAAGUCCCGUGCUACUAGUGAAAAAGAAAGAUGGUGGAUGGAGGUUUUGUGUUGACAACAAGGCCGUGAAUAAAAUUACAGUACCAAAUAAGUUUCCAAUUCCGGCAAUUGAUGAAUUAUUUGAUGAACUAGGAGAAGCAUCGAUAUUCUCCAAACUGGACUUGAAGUCAGGUUACCACCAGAUACGAGUCCUCCCUGAAGACACCCACAAGACGACAUUCCGGACUCACGAAGGACAUUAUGAAUUUUUGGUUAUGCCCUUCGGAUUAACAAACGCACCUUCCACUUUCCAAGCAUUGACGAAUGAAAUUUUCAAGCCGCACUUGCGCAGGUUUAUACUUGUUUUCUUCGACGACAUACUCGUCUAUAGUAAGGGGAUGAAUGAGCAUUUGGGACAUUUGGCAACUGUCCUUCAGAUUCUACUGGAACAUCAGUUGAUAGUGAACAUAAAAAAAUGUUUGUUCGGGCAGCGACAGAUAGAGUAUUUGGGGCAUGUCAUCUCAGCUGAAGGCAUAGCCGUCGACCCAUCCAAGAUAGAGAGCAUCAUCAAGUGGCCGGUACCAAAGAAUGUGAGAGCACUCCGUGGGUUUCUCGGUUUAACAGGCUACUAUCGACGUUUUGUCCAAGAUUACGGUAAGAUCGCAGCACCCCUAACAACUUUACUUAAAAAAGAUGCUUUCAGAUGGAAUGAAGCAACCCAAACUGCAUUUGAAGAGUUGAAGAGGAUUAUGACUAGCGUUCCGGUUCUAGCUAUGCCUGAUUUUCCCAAAAAGUUUGUGAUAGAAACAGAUGCUUCGGGCAAUGGAUUAGGGGCAGUUUUGUCGCAAAAAGGACAGCCACUCGCGUACAUAAGUAAAGGGUUGUCGAUGAAGUCUCAGUUAAAGUCAGUCUAUGAACGGGAACUCAUGGCUGUGGUGCUAGCCACUCAAAAGUGGCGUCAUUACCUCCUGGGACAGCAGUUUGUUAUCCGAACAGACCAACGGAGCCUGCACUUCCUGACUGACCAAAAAUUGUUCAGUGAAAGUCAACAGAAAUGGGUCAUCAAGCUGCUGGGAUUGAAUUUUGUCAUACAGUAUCGAUCAGGAACAGAAAAUAAGGUUGUUGAUGCACUGUCUCACAGAGAAAAAGAGGCGGAACAUAAUGCCAUAAUCGUGGGUGCAGGUAUGAAGGACUUAGAAGAAGCUAUUCAAAAGGAUGAGAAAAUGUGUCACAUUAUUCAACAACUUCUGAUUGAUCCAAAGGGCCGACCUCCCUUCCAACUGGCAGGCCAUCACUUACUCUAUCAGGGCAGUAACAAAGUAUUUCAAGCGAUGCUUGAUUGUGGUUUCACGCCAAACAAUCUUGUUUACACUGUUUUGAUUGAUGGACACUUCAAAACAGGUAACUUGAUAGAAGCAUUUGCAACAUUCCGAUGCAUACUUGGGCUAGCAGUGCAUCCAGACUUGCAAACUUACAAUAUCUUUACAAAUCGCCUUUGUAAGAAUGGGAAAACCAAAGAAGCCAUUAUGGUCCUCUUGGAAAUGAAAGAAAAGGGUUUGGUUCCUGAUGUUGUCACCUACAGCUCUGUCAUCUUAGGAUGCUGUAAACAGGCUGAGAUUGAGAAGGCUGUUCAACUUUAUGAUGAGAUGUGUUCUAAAGGUAUUGAUCCAAAUAUUUAUAUGUUCAACUCACUAAUUGAUGGACUGUGCAAGCUGGGAGAUAUGCGGAGAGCGAGAAAAUUGUUUGGUGGUAUUCAAGAAAAGGGAUUUGCACCUGACAAUGUAACUUACUCCACGAUGGUAGAUGGAUACUGCAAAGCUGGGGAUUUGGCUGAGGGUUUCAAUUUAUUUAAUGUGAAGCAAUCAGAAGAGGUUGAACCACAUAGGUUUGUGUACAAUGCCCUUUUGUAUGGGUGUUGCAAGGAAGAAGAUAUGGAGAAAGCAUUGAAUUUGUUACAUGAAAUCGUGCAGAGGGGUUUUGCUACUACAUUCUCUUAUAAUAUUUUAAUUGGUGGGUUCUGUAAGUUACGGAACCUGCAAGAAGCCAACUGUUUGUUACAGGAAAUGAUAGAAAAUCAGAUUUUACCAGAUUGUGUGACUUACGCAAUUGUGAUUGGUUGUAUUUGCAAGAAAUGGAAGAUGGAGGAAGCAUACCAUCUUUUCUUGGAGAUGCAGAAGAAGAAUGUGACGCUUGAUGCCGGAUGCAAUAACUACGAGAUACUUAUCGAAGUUCACUGCAAGAAAGAUAACUUGAUUGAAGCUUUCCAGUUGCAGAAGGAAAUCUUGGGGAAGGGUUUGCUAUCUAAGGGAACUGCUUAUGAUACACUGAUAGAUGGUGUUCGCAAGAAAGGAGAUCUUUCCAAAGCUGUAGGGAUCCUUGACGAAACGAGACAGCAAGGGGUUAAGCCCCGUUUUGGGAUGCUGAGAUUCUCUCAACGAUGUCCUCUUCUCUUUGCAGACCAACACACAACAACAUCAGCUAGACCCUUCAAAUCACUAGAGUUUUUCAGCUCCAUUGCUGCAAAAGAAACUCAACAACUCUCCAAACAAGUAUCAGAUUUACUUAGACAAAACAAUUGGCAAACACUCAUCGCCAAUUUACACAUUCCCAAUAAGCUAAACCCAGAUGUGGUUCGCUCUGUUAUUCUUCAAAAUGAAGUUGGUGACCUCAAACGCCUCUUGGAUUUCUUCUACUGGUCAAAAUCUCAAACGGGUAUCCCACAUUUUUUGGAUUCUUUCUCCAUUCUUGCUAUUAGGCUUUGCAACUCCAAUCUUUUUGGACCGGCCAAUGGUGUGUUGAAUAAUAUGAUAAAAACUCGUGAGUCUUGUUCUUCGAUUUUUAAUUCAAUUAUUUGUUGCUAUAGGAAUAGUAGAGGCUCUAAUCCGAUAGUGUUUGAUAUAUUGAUUGAUAGUUAUAGGAAGAUGGGUAUGCUAGUUGAGGCCGUGGAUACAUUUUUGGGUGUUAAAAGUGGUCAUAUCUUGCCAAGUUUGAGGUGUUGUAAUACUUUGUUGAGUGAUUUGUUGAAGGGUAAUAUGAUACAGUUAUUUUGGAAGGUUUAUAAUGGAAUGUUGGUUGCCAAGAUGGAUUUUGAUUUGUAUACAUAUACGAAUUUGGCUAAUGCACUUUGUAAGGUUGGGGAUUUGAAUGGAGCAAAAAAGGUGCUUACUCAGAUGGAUGAAAAGGGAUGUAGUCCUAGUCUUUUUAUCUACAAUGUUUUGAUUGAAGGUACAUGCCAUGUUGGAGAUUUUGAUGGUGCAUUUCAGCUGAAAAAUUCUAUGGUUGAGAAGGGAUUGGUUCCUGAUGCCUAUACUUACAAUGUGAUUAUUCAUGGCCUUUGCAAAGGGAAGAAACUAAAAGAUGCAAAAUUGGUGAUGGAGGAGAUGACUGAAAUGGGUUUGAAGCCUCAUUAUUCCAUGUAUUCAGCUUUGAUUGAUGGGUUAAUGAGGGAAGGCUCUAUAGAUGAGGUUUUCAGAUUGAAGGAUGAGGUGAUUUCCAGUGGCAUGGAGCUAAAUUUGGCUGCCGAUAAUGCGAUUAUUCAUGGUUUUUGUAAGUAUGGAGAGAUUGGGAAGGCAGUCGAGAUUGUGCAUGAGAUGACAAGAAUGGGCUGCAAACCCAACUCUCAAACUUAUUGUUGUUUGAUAGAAGGAUAUUGCCGGGAACAUAAUACAGGCAGGGUGUUUGAGUUGCUUAAUGAAAUGGAAAGAAGGAACUUGGUGCCCUCCGAGGGGACUUACUGCACAAUUAUUAAUGAGUUAUGCCAUUCUAAGGAUCUCUCAAGGGCCAGUGACCUUUUGAGGAAGAUGUUUGCUGGUGGAUUAAAACCUGGUGUUGCUAUCUGUAGAACUCUCAUUAUGUGUUAUACUCGUGAAGGUAAGGCUGAGGAGGCAAAAUAGAUUAUAAAGGAGAUGAAUGAU